UGGCAGCGCUUGUUUACUGGCGGAGCGACUCGCACUCUGGAGCACACAGAGAGAGAGAAAGACGGGGGAACCUGAGGAGCUCCAAAACGCGACGGGAAUCCAAGUUUUAUUUUAUUUUUUUAAUGUCCUUCCCUCCACUUGUCCACGUCGGUUUAAAUCUUUUUCGCUCGCCGUGGAUUCUCUGAGGCGGGACGCUCACUUUGUGCGUCCGUGCACCUUUUUCCCCCCCUCCCUCACUAAUGAUCUCCAACUCCGUCGCCGACGCUGAAAGCUGGUUUGUUUUGGAUUAGCCAGCUAGCGUUAGCUGCUCCCUCCCUCCUCCUCCCUCCGGUGCCUCCUCCUCCUCCUCCUCCUCCUCCAUCAGCUAACGUCGAUCUGAGAGGAAAAACACGCAUCGGAGCGGCGUGGUGGAGACUUUUCUCCCUUCAAGCUGGGUUAACCAAGGACGUUGUUUUGUAUUUUAUUUUUUCAUUUUUUUUUCUCCUCCACGUUACCUUUAUAUCUGCAAGGUUUCUGACACAGACGGCCUGCUCCGUUUUCUCCCGUUCUGGCGUGUUUUUUUGUUUUUGUUUUUUUCUUGUGUUUUUUUUUUUAUGGGUGUUGAUCGGUUUGCGGCGCGGUGGUCAGCGGGGGUGAAGGAGUUCAGAGGAAGGUCGUAGUGCUGCGGGAGAGGGAGAAAUCUGCACGCUGUUCCUGCUGGGAGUUUCCUGGGAUCAACCUCCGUCGCUCUUAAAAAAAAAAAAAAAAACUGCGAGAAGACGCCGAAGCCUGCAAGACUUUUUUAUUUUAUUUUUAUUUUAACUUCAGCAGGAAAACACUGCCUGGCUCCCUUCAUGAGAACGGCGGCCUAACUAGGAGACCUCCAAACAUAAAAAGAGGAUAAUUUCAUUUCUUCUUCUUUUUUUUCUCUUUUUUAUUUCUCCCCCUAAUAUUUUUCUCCAUAUUUAUUUGGAGCAUCAACGUCAAGCCGAUGAACGGGGACUGUCGCCUUCAUUUGUGGAAAAUGAUUUUCACUCGCACAUGUGUUGCCAGAACCCAAGAUCACGUAAUUUAGUUUUUUUAUUUUUAUUAUUAUUUUCAACGCAAAUAUACCAAGGCUCACAUGCAAAACUUGGCUUGAUAUCUGCUUCGACGUAAACAUCACCCCCCUCCCCUCCCACCACCCCUCCUGAGGAUUGUAGUUUCUUAACACCUUCAGAGGGAGCGCAACUUCAGUCAAAAUGAGGGGGCUGACGCUGAAGCUGCGAGCACAAAUGGUGUUUUUUAUCCUCUGUACCUGUAUCAUAUGCAAGUAUGGGCUAAUUAACGGUGAAAUUUGUCCGAGCAAGAACAUCCGGAACAGCGUGAACAACCUGCGGACGCUGGAGAACUGCACCAUCAUCGAGGGCCACCUGAAGAUCCUGCUCAUGUUCGGGGCGCAGACCAGCGACUUCAAAGGCCUCAGCUUCCCAAAGCUGCGCGUGGUCACCGACUACGUGCUGCUGUUCAGGGUCUACGGCCUGGAGAGCCUCAGCGACCUCUUCCCGAACCUGACGGUGAUCCGCGGCAACAAUCUCUUCUUCAACUACGCCCUGGUGAUCUACGAGAUGCUGCAGCUGAAGGAGGUGGGCCUGCGCAGCCUGAUGAAUAUCACGCGGGGCGCGGUGAGGAUAGAGAAGAAUCCAGAUCUGUGCUACCUGGCCACCCUGGACUGGUCCAUGAUCCUGGACUCGGUGGAGGACAACUACAUCGUGGCCAACAAGAACGAGCAGGAGUGCGGGGACGUGUGUCGCGGCAUGGGGCAGGGCCAGGCCCUGUGCACUCAGACCACCAUCAACGGCCAGUUCAGGGAGCGAUGCUGGUCGCAGAAGUACUGUCAGACAACGUGCGACUGUAAACACGGCGCGUGCAACCACCAGGGAAAGUGCUGCCACGACCAGUGCCUGGGUGGCUGCUCGGAGCUGGGGAACGCCUCCAGCUGUGUGGCCUGCAGGAACCUCCAGCAUGGAAACGUCUGCGUGGACAAAUGCCCUCCUGGAUAUUACGUCUUCCAAGGCUGGCGCUGCGUCAGCUUCUCCUUCUGCCAGGACCUUCACAACCAGUGCAAGAAAUCGAAGGAUCUGGAUCCCAACUGUCAUGAGUACGUCAUCCACAACGGGGCCUGCAUUCAGGAGUGUCCUUCCGGAUACAGCAGCAACUCCACUACGUUGACGUGCGAACCGUGCGCGGGCCCCUGUCCCAAAGCGUGCCAGGGAAACAAGACGAUUGACUCUGUAACUUCAGCCCAGGCCCUCAGAGGAUGCACAGUCAUCGAGGGCAACAUGGUCAUCAAGAUUCGAGGAGGGACGAACAUAGCGGCCGAGCUGGAGGCUAGCCUGGGACAGAUCGAGGUCAUCAAAGGUUACCUGAGCGUGCGCAGAGCCUACGCCUUGGUCUCCCUCUCCUUCCUGCGAAAGCUGCGCGUCAUUAAGGGGGAGCAGUUUGAGGGAGACCACUACGCCUUCUACGCGCUGGACAACCAGAACCUCCGGCAGCUGUGGGAUUGGUCCAAGCACAACCUGACGAUCGAGCGAGGUCGCAUGUUCUUCCACUUCAACCCCAAGCUCUGCAUGACCGAAAUCAAGAAGCUGGAGGAGGUGACGGGAACCAAGGAGCGCAACCAGAACAACGACAUCUCUGUUCGCACCAACGGAGACCAAGCAUCCUGUAAGAUCCUCGUGUGUCCCCUGAGCAUUCACCUCCGUAAUGUCGCCGCUUUUCGUGAAGGGUGAGAGGCGAAGGUUGUGGAAAAUUGGGUCAAACAAGAGAAGUUACAUUGAAGUUUAAACAUUUCAUGAUGAUGGGGAUCCAGUCCAG